GACACCUUCUCAGGGAGUUUUCUACCGUCCCUAAAGGCGGGAGAGGGGGCGGGACGAGGAGGGGUAGACCGACAGCCUUUGCAGCCAGUCAGCGGCGGGUGGAGGGCCCGAUGCCUCGGCGCGACUUCCGGUUCCGGCGAGGCCGGGGUUCUGUAAGGCUCGCCGCGAUGCCCCUGCACAAGGUCCCGGUCGGCCUGUGGAAGCGGCUGCGGCUGCGCGAGGGCAUCUGCUCCCGCCUGCCCGCGCACUACCUGCGCUCCCUGGAGGAGGCGCGGACGCCCACACCCGUGCACUUCAGGCCGCACGGGGCCAAAUUCAAGAUCAACCCCAAGAACGGGCAGCGGGAGCGCGUGGAGGACGUGCCUAUUCCCGUUCACUACCCCCCGGAGUCCCAGCUGGGCCUCUGGGGCGGCGAGGGCUGGCUGAAGGGUCACAGAUACGUCAACAACGACAAGUUCUCCAAGAGGGUGAAGAAAGUAUGGAAGCCGCAGCUGUUCCAGCGUGAGCUCUACAGUGAGAUCCUGGACACCAGGUUCACUGUGACGGUGACCAUGCGCACCCUGGACCUCAUUGACGAGGCCUACGGGUUUGACUUCUACAUCCUCAAGACCCCGAAGGAGGACCUGUGCUCCAAGUUUGGAAUGGACCUGAAGCGAGGGAUGCUGUUGCGGCUCGCCCGACAGGACCCCCAGCUGCACCCGGAUGACCCUGAACGGAGGGCGGCCAUCUAUGACAAGUACAAGGCGUUUGUCAUCCCAGAGGCAGAGGCUGAGUGGGUUGGUCUGACGCUGGACGAGGCUGUGGAAAAGCAGAGGCUCCUGGAAGAGAAGGACCCCGUGCCUCUGUUCAAGGUCUACGUGGAGGAGCUGGUUGAGCAGCUUCAGCAGCAGGCGCUGUCCGAGCCGGCUGUGGUACAGACAAGAGCCAACAGGACGUAGCUGCCCGGGGACCUGGGCCUGACAGCCAGGCUCAGCACCGUGGACAGAGCCUGGGGCUUGGUGACAGCCGCCCAUGGGCAGUGGGUGAACCCAUGGCUGUGUGCUGGCCAUGCAGCUCCUGGCUAGGGUGGGCUUUGUGGGAGCCCCAGGAGGCGUCUCGUCCCAGGAUCCCCAGAGGCCUGGGGCUAUCUUACUGCCUGUGUGGUUCCCUGCUCCCUCCUCCUGCAGCAGGGGCCCUGUUGAGGAGGGUCACCGCCCUCCGGGGCCAGUGUGAGUAAAGUCUGAGCCAGG